AUGGAACAAGAAUCACACAUAGCUAUUCUACCAAGCCCAGGGAUGGGUCACCUUAUCCCCAUAGUUGAGCUUGCCAAGCGACUUGCUCUUCACCAUAAUUUUCGUGUCACAUGCCUCAUUCCCACAACUGGGACUCCAUCCAAUGCCAUUAAAGGCGUCCUUGAGGGCCUCCCCGCCGGCAUAGACCAUGUCUUUCUUCCUCCAGUGAGCUUGGAAGACGUCUCCGGAGCGCUACCUGGAAUCCAAGUCUCCCUCACCAUGACUCGUUCUAUGCCCUCUGUUCGCCAUAUGUUGAAGUCCUUAGCUGAAACUACUCGGUUGGUUGCAGUUAUCCUUGAUCAUUCUGCUAGCGAUGCACUAAAUAUUGCCAAAGAACUCAACGUCUCCUCGUACAUUUUCUUCCCCUCAAAUGCUUUGGCGUUGUCAUUGCUCUUGCAUUUGCCAGAGCUGGACAAGACAAUUCCAUGCGAGUACAGAGACCUCCCAGAACCUUUGAAACUUUCUGGAUGCAUACCUAUUCACGGUAGAGAUCUGAUGGACCCGAUUCAAGACCGAAAAGGUGAAUGGUAUAGAUUGUUUCUUCGCCUUACAGAACAACUCCGAUUAGCUGAAGGUAUUAUGGUUAAUACGUUUAUGGACUUACAGGAGAGAGCUAUAAAAGCUUUGGCAGAUGAAGAAGCUAGAAACCCCCCUCUUUACCCAAUUGGACCCAUGAUUAAAACAGGCCAAAGUACUGAUCAGGUUGAAGGGUGGGAGUGUUUAAGGUGGUUGGACAAUCUGCAAAGUGGCUCAGUCCUAUUCGUCUCUUUUGGGAGUGGUGGGACUCUCUCUUCUGAUCAGCUAGAGGAGCUAGCCUCAGGAUUGGAAUUGAGUGGGCAAAAGUUCUUGUGGGUAGCAAGAAGACCAAAUAAUGAUUUGGCUAAUGCAGCAUAUCUUAGUAACCAAAGCCAUGAGGACCCUCCUGCUUUCUUACCACAAGGGUUCAUAGAGAGAACCAAAGUGCAAGGUCUAGUGGUGUCAUCUUGGGCACCGCAGGUCCAAGUCCUUAGCCACAGCUCAACCGGUGGUUUCUUAACACACUGCGGUUGGAACUCGAUUUUGGAGAGUAUCGUCAAUGGGGUACCACUAAUUGCAUGGCCGCUUUAUUCAGAACAGAGGAUGAAUGCAAUAUUACUUGUUGAGGAUCUCAAAGUGGCCCUGAGACCAAAAACUAACGAGAAAAGCAUAGUGAACAGAGAAGAAAUUGCAAAAGUCAUUAGGGGACUAAUGGUCGGAGAAGAAGGGAAGAGAGUUCACAACCAUAUGAAAGAACUCAAAAUUGCAGCUAAGAAAGCUUUGAGAGAAGAUGGUUCUUCCACAAGGGCACUCUCUGUAUUGGCAUCAAAAUUGGCCUUUAAUACUAAAUAG